AUGGAUUUACAUCGUUAUCCUCUUGAUAUUCAAGACUGCGUAUUUAAAAUUGGUUUGUGUAAUUACAGUUAUCUGUAUGCGAAAUUUAUAUUCAUUCGGCGUUUAACGGGUAGUAUACUCAAUGUUUACUUGCCAAGUACUGUAGUAGUAACCCUGUCCUGGCUAUCAUUCUGGUUAGAUGUGAAUGCAGUUCCCGCUCGUGUUACGCUCGGUGUUACCUCUGUUCUUACCAUCAUCACUCAAAUGCUGCAGUCUAGAUCGUACACUCCGCCAGUGGACUAUGUAAAAGCUAUGGAUAUUUGGCUACUCGCUUGUAUGUUUUUCGUCACAGCUUCGUUGAUAGAAUACGCAUUUGCUCACCACUCUGUGGAAUUUAAAGAAAAAUGUAAUUCCCCACGUCCAGUUAAGAAAAAUGGAAAAUGGGCUGAGAAACGUAAAAAUUCUAAAGAGAAAAUUGAAAAAGUAAAAGGAAAACUUUGUGGUAUUUGGAAAAUUUUCAAGAUGCAAACCACCCUGAAUAGUCCUGAUUAUUAUUCUCGAAUCUUAUUUCCAACGGUACAGAUCGUAGGAAAAAUAUUUUCCAGAAGUCACCUCCCAACUAUUCAGGUGAUAUGUUGAUGAUUCAAUUUCUUCACGCAUCUUGCAAGAUCAUGGGUGUCAUGGCCUGACAUGUCUGUGAUUCUAGUCUUUAAAUGAGUAAAUGAUGUUCAUAAAUGAGAUUCUUUAAGUGAUCCCAAUUUCCAGCAUUGUGUGAUUCAAACAACGCGCGGACCAUUCUGCAAAUCCAAGUUAUUCAGAAAACUGUACCUCGAAAUAUGUCUACAUGCAAAAAUUAGCCUAUUUCUCGUGUCGACAUUGUUUUGAAAUAGAAAAUCUCAAUGCAUUACAGUUUGCUCAUGGAUACCUUGUAGAAAUUUUGUAUUGAUAAAAGCGAGGAAAAAAAGAUCAAUUUAUAAUUCGGAAGAAACCGGGUUCGAAUUCCUUUCGAAUCUUAAUCUUUAUGGCAAGUUUGGCUAUUAACCAUUAUUUCUAUUCAUGCCUGCCAACUUCAUGGAAAAGUCUUGAUCAAAUUGCACUGAUAUCUCGCAUAAACAAAGUAAAUUAAUGAAAAUUAGGGAUAAAAAUGAUGUGUAUAAGCUUAUAAAUACUGCUUUAAAUUCGUACCCUUCUUUUAAAUGUAAAUAGUUUGC